UAACGAAGCGCACGCUGAACUUUUCAGGGUUCUGGAAACAGUGGAGCGAUCGUUUUGUCUUGAUCUCAUCGAUCUCUUCUCCCCUUCAAGGACUCCACAUGGACUCAAUCAAUUCAAACCCUAACCCUAAUAUCGCCAUUGAAACCCUAGUUCCUUAUCCUCCUGAUUAUUCUACUCCCGAAAAUUUUGAAGACCGCGAUCGUGACUCUUCUCUGCCGCAAAUUUCCGGACCUGCUGCUUCAGAUUAUCCCAACUCCUCUUUAUAUUUGGGACAAGAAAUUAAGGAAUCCCACGGUCGAAACUCCUCGAUUGCUCAUAGUGAAAAUCCGGGGUUUAGUUCUGGAAACGGAUAUGCGGACAAUCAAGCGGCCGAUGGUGCUCGGGUUGGUGCCAAUUAUGUGCCAAAGGUGGAGAUUCAGAGACCGCUGUUGUCGGAGAAUGGAUUUACGAACACUCAUAGUGGAAACGACAAGGAAUUUUCCGGUGGCGAAGAGGAGACCACGAGUAGGCGCCGACGUCGAAGCCGAUGGGAUCCGCAGCCGGAGAAUAAUGACCAGAGUGGCGGUGAAUCUGGGAGCGGUACGCGGAAGAGGAAGUCCCGUUGGGCUGAUGACGAUCCCAAGCCCGUAAUUCAACUUCCUGAUUUUAUGGGAGGUAUUGAAUUCGACCCUGAAAUCCAAGCUUUGAAUAGUAGGCUUCUAGAAAUUAGUAGAAUGCUUCAAUCCGGUAUGCCUCUAGAUGAUCGGCCUGAAGGUGCUCGUUCGCCUUCCCCGGAACCAAUAUAUGACAAUAUGGGAAUAAGAAUAAAUACUAGGGAGUAUCGUGCCCGAGAAAAAUUAAACACAGAGAGACAAGAGAUAAUUUCUCAGAUAAUCAAGAAGAACCCUGCAUUUAAGCCUCCAGCAGAUUACAGGCCGCCGAAGCUUCAGAAGAAGCUUUAUAUACCGAUGAAGGAAUACCCAGGUUACAAUUUUAUUGGGUUGAUUAUUGGUCCUAGAGGUAAUACCCAGAAGAGGAUGGAGAAGCAAACUGGUGCGAAAAUUGUAAUUAGGGGCAAAGGGUCUGUAAAAGAAGGUAGACUGCAACAGAAGAGGGACCUAAAGCAUGAUCCCGCAGAAAACGAGGACUUGCAUGUUUUAGUUGAGGCUGAAACGCAGGAAGCACUGGAGGCUGCAGCGGAGAUGGUAGAGAAGCUCUUACAGCCUGUCGAUGAAGUCUUGAAUGAGCAUAAGAGGCAACAGCUUAGGGAACUUGCUGCCUUGAAUGGAACCAUAAGGGAUGAAGAAUUUUGUAGGUUGUGUGGCGAGGCAGGGCACCGUCAAUAUGCCUGCCCCUCGCGGACGUCGACAUUCAAGAGUGACGUACUUUGUAAAAUAUGUGGUGAUGGUGGGCAUCCAACAAUUGAUUGCCCUGUGAAGGGGACAACUGGGAAAAAGAUGGAUGAUGAAUAUCAGAAUUUCUUGGCGGAGUUGGGAGGAACGAUUCCCGAAUCAGCAACCAAGCAGAACCCUACAUUGGCAAUAGGUCCUGGUGCUUCAGCAAGCAAUCCUCCUUGGAAUAACAAUGCAACUGGCGCUAGCAACAAACCACAAGCAGGGGUUGGUGCCAACGGAGUGAAGCCUGCUAAGGAAUAUGAUGAUACAAACUUGUAUGUAGGUUAUUUGCCUCCGACUUUUGAUGAUGAUGGUUUGAUUAGAUUGUUUUCAACAUUCGGUGAUAUUGUGAUGGCUAAGGUUAUUAAGGAUCGGGUUUCUGGCUUGAGUAGAGGUUAUGGAUUUGUGAAGUAUUCUGAUGUUCAGAUGGCUAAUAAUGCAAUUGCCAGCAUGAAUGGCUAUCGUCUUGAGGGCCGAACAAUUGCUGUUAGAGUUGCUGGCAAGCCACCGCAGCCUACUGUGCCUCCUCUCCCUCCAUCAUCGGCUGUGCCCACUUAUCCCGUUUCAAGUCAGCCUGUUGGUGUCUAUCCAUCCCAGCAGUUUAUGCCGGGUGGUCCUCUUGGGCAUGUUCCUCCACCUACAAGUUAUGCAGGAACUCCAGUUCCAUGGGGUCCUCCGGUUCCUUCUUCAUAUGGUUCUUAUCCCCCUCCACCUCCGGGUUCUAACGUCUAUCCGGCUGUUCAGGGUCAGGCCAUGCCUCCUUAUGGCAUCCAAUACACUCAGGUCCAGACAGGUCCCCCAGGUGCUCCAUCUCAACCUGUUGUGACUUCGGGUGAAGCACAUCAGAGUUUUCCUCCAGGAAUGCCAUCUGAAAAUCCUACUAGUCAGUCAUUACAAACUACGGCAUAUGGGAACACUUUAUAUUCGAUGCCACCAAAUGCUCAACCCCCCUAUCCCCCUUCUUCGUAUGGUUACUCACCUUAUUAUAGUGCAGUUUCUACUCAUCCGUUACCCAUGUCUGCAUCAAGUACAGAUCAACCACAACCACCCAGCGGGAGUGUUCCGUGGGCUACAAAUCCUCCAAUGCCUCCUCCCAUGCCGUCUGCAGAGAAGACAGCAUCAGGCGCAGAUGCAGAGUAUGAAAAGUUCAUGGCAGAUAUGAAAUAAUUGAAGUUCUAAUGGAGCAUGCUUUGAAUUUGGAGGAGGACUGAUGUUUCUUGGAGCUGAUUACUUACCUCUUGCCAUGACUUUGUUGGAAGUUUGGGACUCACCUCUUUAACCUUGCUGUACUGUCUUGACAUUUGCAGAGAUUCAGGCUAGAAGUCCUUGUCACAUUUGCCUUGUAUUGAAGGAGCAAAUUUGAUCAUAUUAUUGAAGGAUUUGGUUCUGUUCCUUGUGCAUUUGCUAUCUAACAGUGUCUGGUUAAUUUUUGCUUUUCUAUUACUAUUUUGUGUUUUUACUUUUUCGUUACCUACUUCACAGAUUUAGGUAAUGGUACUUCUUGAAACAUGCUUGUUGCUUAUUUAUCCUAACAGUUUAUUGAUCAUUGUUUCCUGUU